AUGUUGAGAUAUUUUAAGAAAAUACGAGAUGAACCUACUUCAAACAAGUCAUCUCCCCCUCCACCACCUCCUCCUCCACCACCAGCUCCUCUUGAUGCUGACUCAAAUGAGUAUCCUAGUGAUCCUGGGCUAAGAAAGCACAUUCUUGAGUAUAAUGUUAAUGAAAGGGAGAUUGUUCGAUGUUUCUAUUUGCAAAAAGAAUAUAGCAUUGCAAAAGAUGCAGCUUUCUGUCUUUAUUACUAUUUAUUCAAAGCGGAUCAUGGUGGUCAAAGUGGUGGUGAUUCUUUUGUUACUGAGGGAUUUAAAAAUUGGAGAAAGAAAGAUAAUUUUAAUGAACAUGUUGGAAAUCAGAGCAACAUUCACAAUAGAUUUCUUGUUGACUAUAAUGAGGAUAUCAAUAGUGUUACACUAGACAAUGCUCCCUCAAAUCUCAAAUUGACAUCACCUGAUAUUCAGAAAGAUAUUAUCAUAUCCAUUGCUUAUUUAACCACUAAUUCUAUUUUUGGAGAUCUCGAUGAUGAAUUAUUUACUAUAUUGGUUGAUGAGGCUCGUGAUAUAUCUAUUAAAGAACAAAUGGCAGUUGCUUUACGGUUUGUAGAUGAAAGGGGAAAUAUUGUUGAACGCUUUCUAGGCAUUGUACAUGUAAGCGACACUACUGCCUUAUCACUUAAAACUGCUAUUGAUUCUUUGUUGUGCCAACAUGGAUUAUCUAUAUCUAAUUUGCGGGGGCAAGGAUACAAUAGAGCUAGCAAUAUGAGAGGAGAAUUCAAUGGCUUAAAAAGCUUAAUUAUGAUGGAGAACCCAUCUGCUUAUUAUGUUCAUUAUUUUGCUCAUCAACUGCAACUUACACUUGUAGCUGUUGCUGAAAAUCACAUAAGAAUUUCUACUUUUUUUUAUAUGGUUGCACAAUUGAACAAUAUUGUUGGAGCGUCAUGCAAGCGAAGAGAUAUACUUCAUGAAAAACAAUUUGAAAAAGUUAUUAAAGGAAUUGAUAAUGUUAUUGAUGUCCUUUUAUUUGUUGAAGAGGAGGGAAAAGAUCACAAGCAAAGGGUGCAAGCAAAUAAUCUGUUGGAAUUGAUUGAAAAAUAUGAAUUUAUAUUUCAGAUGCACUUAAUGAAGAAUAUCUUGGGAGUCACGAAUGAUUUGUUGCAAGCUUUACAAAGAAAAGAUCAAGACAUUGUAAAUGCCAUGAUUCUUGUAAGAUCAAGCAAACAUCAACUGCAAACUAUGAGAGAUGAUGGUUGGGAUUUGUUACUGAAUGAAGUUUCUUUAUUUUUUGUUAAGUAUAAGGAGUUGAACAGUCGCUUUAACGAGUUAGCAUUGCUAUUACCUGUUGCAACUGCAAUUGUAGAGAGAGUGUUUUCAGCAAUGAAAAUAAUUAAAACCUUACUUCGAAAUCUGUUGAGAGAUGAUAUGUUCGCAAAAUCAGUGAUUGGCGCAAAAAAAUUGAUAACAUACGCUCUAAAUGGGCAGAUUGCAUUCAAGACCAUAUAUUAG